AUGUCGGUGCUAACACCCGUCAUUUUGCCAAAAGAUCACUACGUGACCGAACUUAUUGUCAACUACUAUCAUCGAAAGUAUCAACACUGCAACACAGAGACAGUAGUCAACGAACUGCGCCAACGCUUCAUCAUAGCCCAACUAAGACCGACUGUUAAAAAAAUAGCUCGAAGGUGUCAACAUUGCAAAGUGUAUCGUCCACAACCUCAAACACCUCGAAUGGCUCCCUUACCUGAAGCCCGGCUGGCGAUGUUUACUCGCCCAUUCAGCUACGUGGGACUGGAUCUUUUCGGUCCAUUAUUAGUUAAAGUCGGAAGAAGUUCAGUGAAAAGAUGGGUGUCGAUUUUCACCUGUCUAACGAUUCGCGCUGUACACGUUGAAGUAGUGCAUAGUUUAAGCACUGAAUCGUGUAUACUCAGUAUUCGACGUUUCAUCGGUAGGCGUGGGGCCCCAAUAGAAAUCUACUCGGACAAUGGUACCAACUUCCGAGGAGCGGACAACAUCCUGCAGAAGCAGAUCCAGCAGCUGCAUUCGAAUAUGGCUUCUACCUUUACGGAUGCGCGUACGAAAUGGGUGUUCAUCCCUCCCGGAACACCACACAUGGGCGGAAGUUGGGAGCGCAUGGUGCGAUCAGUAAAAACUGCAUUGGAAGCAAGCGUCUGCGCAGGACGUAAGCUCGAUGAUGAAGCUUUGUAUACACUUCUCGUUGAUGCCGAAGGAAUAGUAAACUCCCGUCCACUCACCUAUCUACCCUUGGAUUCGGUAGAACAGGAAGCCAUCACCCCUAACCAUUUCUUGCUUGGUAGCUCUGAUGGCGUUAAACAAAGGCAGGACAAUGCAUCGGAUGAUGCUAAAACGAUUGGAAAAUCCUGGAACCAAAUUCAAGGACAGCUCGAUGUUUUUUGGAAUCGGUGGGUGCGCGAAUACCUGCCUUCAAUAACGCGUCGUACAAAGUGGUUCGACGACGUAAAACCCGUUGCUGUCGGUGAUUUGGUUGUAAUAGUGAACGAAGCGCGACGGAACGGUUGGACGCGAGGUCGGGUACAUGAGGUCAUUCAUGGGUCAGACGGACGUAUUCGUAAAGCAAUCGUUCUUACAAAUAAGGGGCUCACACGGCAGUCGGUCGCAAAAUUGGCAGUCUUGGAUAUAAAGCAAAGGGAAACCCUGGGCCUCAGUGACCCGGUGGCCAGCGUUACGGGGGGGAGGAUGUUGGGAACUGGGCACCCUGCCUGA